ACGUAUCGCAAUGAAAAUUAUAAAAUUUCUAGUUCUAACAUCACUAGUGGUUCCUGUGUUGCUGCAAGACGAACCUCUUAUGACCCCUGGAACCCCUGUGACUCAGAUGGGUCCCCCAGGUAUGGAAGACCGUAUGAAAAUGUUCUCUUCAACCCCAAAAAGCAAGGUUCAUAGGCGCACCACACCACCGAGGGUGUCUUUUCCAGAAAACUGCGACUACCUCGCCUUCUACUGCCUGAAGGCUUUUAUCACAGGAAAAGUGUGCGCCAGGAGCGCGCAUUUCACAUACUACACGUUCAAAAACUAUUGCAUGCUGGACUACGUCAACUGUAUGGAAAGAUAUGAUCUGUGGCAACCUGUGUAUAUGGGGGAGUGUAUAGAAAUCAAACCUCUGGACGAAUACGGGCAUUACCCUUACGACGAUGACUUGUUCCUGGAUCAGUAUUACAUUAUAGAAGAUGUUUGAUUAAAAUAAAAUGCAAUAA